AUGGACUAUUGCUUGAGAGAACUAGAGGGGAAGCAAGCACAUGACCCUUUAUUGAUAGAGAAAAUGAAGAAUUCAUCACAAAGUUGUAGUAGUAGGAGUAGUAGUAGUAGUGAGAGAUGUGUGUGGGUGCCAGGGCCAGUGAUUGUGGGAGCAGGGCCUUCAGGGCUUGCAACAGCUGCAUACCUGAAAGAGAAAGGAGUUCCAAGCCUAAUCCUAGAGAGAUCCAACUGCAUAGCAUCUUUGUGGCAACUCAAGACCUAUGACAGGCUUCACCUCCACUUGCCAAAGCAGUUUUGCGAACUCCCCUUGAUGGGAUUCCCUUGUGACUUCCCCACAUAUCCCACAAAGCAACAGUUCAUAGAGUACUUGGAGAGCUAUGCUGAGAGGUUUGACAUUAGGCCACGGUUCAAUGAGACCGUGAGGCAUGCUGAGUUUGAUGCCACUCUCGGGUUUUGGAAGGUGAGGAGUUUGAACAAGAGGGAGGUGGCAACAGAGUUUUUGUGCAGGUGGCUGAUUGUGGCCACUGGGGAGAAUGCAGAGGCAGUGGUGCCUCAGAUUGAGGGAAUGGGGGAGUUUGGUGGGACCAUAAAGCACACAAGUUUGUAUAAGAGUGGGGAAGAGUUUAGAGGGAAGAGAGUAUUGGUGGUUGGGUGUGGAAAUUCAGGGAUGGAAGUGUGCUUGGAUCUUUGCAACCAUAAUGCUACUCCUUCUCUUGUGGUCAGAGAUACAGUACACAUCUUACCACGAGAGAUGCUGGGAAAAUCAACUUUUGGGUUGUCCAUGUGGUUGCUCAAGUGGCUUCCAAUUCGGUUUGUGGACCGGUUUCUUCUGAUAGUGUCAUGGCUCAUGCUUGGUGACACGGCUCGGUUCGGAUUGGACCGGCCAAAAUUGGGUCCCCUUCAACUCAAAAACCUCUCCGGAAAGACACCAGUGCUUGAUGUGGGUACCCUUGCCAAGAUCAAAAGUGGGCAUAUAAAGGUACGACCAGGCAUGAAGCGGUUAAAACGUUGUACAGUUGAAUUUGUUGAUGGAAGGACAGAAAAUUUUGAUGCCAUCAUAUUGGCCACUGGUUACAAAAGUAAUGUGCCCUAUUGGCUUAAGGAAGGGGAUAUGUUCUCCAAGGAAGAUGGGUUCCCUACCAAGCCAUUUCCAAAUGGAUGGAAGGGUGAGAAUGGACUGUAUGCAGUUGGUUUCACCAAACGAGGACUUCUUGGUACAUCAAUGGAUGCCAAGAGAAUAGCAGAAGACAUUGAAAGAUGUUGGAAAGCAAAACACAGCACCACUUUCUCCCUCUCACUUAAUGUUUGA